AUGACAAGAUCUAGAUCAAGAUCACCACGAUGGAAACCAAGAUCCUUAUCUCCAGCAUUUAGGAGUCCAGAGCACCAUAGGCAAAGGCAUGCUCAUAGUAAUUAUGACUGUGAAUAUAAAAGCUUUCGAAAGGACCCAAAGAAGCCAAUGCCUUGGAGAGCUGAAGAGGAAACGUACGGACAAAGCAACUCCAGGUUUGCACCUCAUGGAAAUAACCACCAUAGAAUGUAUGAACGCAGAUCACCUUCCCCAAACCUGAAGAGGAUUCCCAUGGAAGAUUCCUACAGUCAUAAGCCCUACAGAACACGUUCAUCAGAAAGAGCUGAGAGCAACAGGAGAUGCCAGUUACCACCAAAAUACUCAGAAAUGCUGUAUAAAGAGCACGAGCGUCCGUUCUACCCGCACAAAACGGAAGACAGAUACACCUUUGAGCACUACAAAGUCACUGGGAAUGAAAAAGGGAUGAAACCUUUUCACAGACCCUUAGAGGCUUCCUGUAAACUUGAAAGAAAAUGGCAUGAAGGUGACUUGAGGCACCAGAGGUUACCCCAAGAGAAGUAUGGUCAGUCACCCAGAAGAGUUUCUGAUGAAUUUACGGCAAGGAGCUCUUUACAGAAGAGGUAUCCUGAAGAUCACGAUUACAGAGAGUAUGGGCACACGUCUAAAAGGGCUCAAGAAAUGGAGAGGUAUGACGGUGGAGAAGUAGCAAGGAAUUCCAAGUGGAAGCAAGAACGUUCUUUUCCACCCUACCAAGAAAAGGAGGAGCAAAGAAAUCUGGGUGCCCAGUCCCACCGGCCGGCCGAAAGGGAGUACUCGGAGGGCUCUGUCCCAAAGAUAGCCUAUGAGUACAGUCACAAACGGCGCAGGCACCUGGAGGGGGAAAAGCCUUUUUCAGAUGAGAGAGCUCUGAAGUAUGUGAAGCAGGAAGAGCAGAAAUAUGGUUCUAAGGGUGCCCGGAACAGCAAAGAGUUAGAUUACUUAAGUGGUGGAAGAGCGAGGCGGACUGAAGGGCGUGUUGAAGCACCUGAUAAAUAUGCUUCAAAGAAGGGCUGCAAUGCUUGUGUUAACUCCUCCAAACUGGAUGUUGAUCUGAGAGCUUUUAAAAACAAACCCAAGGAAAGAGUAAGGAAGGAAGGGGAAAUCAGGAAGAAAGUAGAUUCCUCUGAUAGCCAGCGUGACCCAAGUCAUACCGUUUCAGAUGUGAAAGUGACAGAUGUCAACUGUAGGAGGGAACGGCUCACAAUCAAAGUGGAUAUGAAGAAAAUGGUGACCAAGUACAGGACUGCCUCUAGUCACACCACAGAGAGACAGAUGUCACAUGAUCUGGUUGCUGUUGGCAGGAAAAAGGAAAAUUUUCAUCCGGUAUUUGAGCACAUGGAGUCUGUAACCCAAAAUGUUGAAAAUGACCCAUCAAGAGAAUUUACUCAGGAAAUAAUCACAAUUAUCCAUCAAGUGAAAGCAAAUUAUUUUACCUCUUCUCACAUAACUCUCCACGAAAGGUUCUCCAAAAUUCAGGAUAAACCAACUGCAAAUCUGAAUGAAGUUAAAGUAUGUUCGGAUCCAGAAAUUCACAGGAGGAUUGACAUGUCUCUAGCAGAGCUUCAGAACAAACGAACUGUGCCAUCUGAAUCUCCCCAGACCAUUAUGAGAGCAUUAGAAGAUCCAAAUGAUCUACGGCAUGACAUAGAAAGGAGAAGGAAAGAGAGGUUGAAGAAGGAAGAUGACAGAGUGUUCCGUGUGGACGAUGGAGCUCCAAGGAACCAGCAAAGCUGCAGUCUCUCAAAAUUGCACAACUCCCAACUUGAUGGCUUCCAAAAGCAUAUGAGGUUCAUGAAGCCACCUUUUAGGAAAUUUAUUGGGAGACCACAUCUGAACUCUUACUAUUCAUCCAGACCAGUUGAUGCUUACCCUCACAGGCGCAUCAGGGGGCAUCUGGAAAAUGCAGGACCCAUCAGAAGAUAUUUAAAGAGCAACUUCUCAGAUGGCUGCUUGCAGCCCCAUCCCCGCUCAGGCUUAGUGCAGAAGGGUUUAUACAUCCAGGCGAAGUACCAGCGCCUGCGUUCCGGUGCUGCCAGGGGAUUCACCACCAACAGGUUCAGAGAUGGGUUUCUGAGGAAAGAAAAGGGAAACUUAAAUAUUGCCACAGAAACCUGA